UUUGUAUCAAACACAAGGAUGGCUAUCAGAAUUGAAUCUCACUUUAUUUUUGUAUAUAAUACAUUAUAAUAUGCAUCCACAUUUGUUGGUAGGCCUGUUGUUCGGUGAUCUCCUGUUUAUUUUCAGUCAUGUAUCUUCAGUAAUUGUUAAGCCAACGGGUUACCAGUAUGUAAAGUCGAAUUUACAAAUAAUGUGUACGGAUGAUUUUAGGAAAGCGGUACAACCACAAUGGAUUUCACCUUCUGGUAGAGUAAUUGGAGAAUUCAAACCACAGAGAGAUUCAACAAUCUGCGAUGAUGGGGAGCAUUGUAUGGACGAGAUGGGAGAAUAUUGUGACAAUGCAUUUGCUUCAUGUGUAGCUGGACGUUGUGUUUGUCAGAAAUUCGGCAUUGAUCCAUGUACUUGCUUAGACAUCCACAACUAA